AUGCCACCUGCAUUCUUUUCUCAUUUCAAUCCUUAUUCUCAUUUGAUUCUUUAUCCAAAUGCCAACCCUUAUCACCCACAGCCGCUAAUCAAACCAUUUCCAUCAUCAACUAAUUAUCCAAAUCUACUCAAUCCUUGUUCGUCUAUAGAGGUUGAAAAGACUCUCAUUCAAGAUUCAGAUUCAAGGGAUGAUGAAUUUGAUCAACAUAACUUGAAUGGACAAGAUGAGGAUUGGGGAACCAUUUUAGAGGUGGAUAAUGAACAAGAUGGAGUAGAUGGACAACAUGAAAUUACACCUGAAGCUCACAUUGAGGUUGAGGAGGAGGAUGAUGAUGAAAUUGAAAAUGGAAAUGUCUUCAACGAGAAUUCUACUCUUGAAGAACCCACUCGUAGAUUGAUAUUUCAUACUAAACAGGAUCUCCAAGCUUAUUAUAAGCAAUAUGGGAAGCAGCUAGGGUUUGGGGUUAACAUUCAAAGAGUAAAAAAGGAUGUGGAUGGUGGGUUUGAGAAUCUUCAAUUUCUAGAGAAGGAUUGUCGUAAUUAUAUUGACAAGGCUAGACAACUUUGCCUUGACAAAGGAGGUGCUAAGGCCCUUCGUGCAUAUUUUAUGAGAAUGCAAGUAAUGAAUGAUGGAUUUUCUGCCUUGAUGGAUUUAGAUUAUGAUUUGCGGUUAAAAAAUAUGUUUUGGGCUGAUGGAAGGAGUAGGACAGCAUAUGAUUAUUUUGGGGAUGUUUUGACGUUUGAUACGACAUACCUCACUAAUAGAUACUGCUUGUGGCACAUUAUGAGGAAAUUGCUAGAGAAGUUGGCUUCCAAUGCUCAAUACCAUAGUGGGCUAAAAAGUACACUUCAGCGUUGUGUGUAUGACUGUCAAACUGCAGAGGAGUUCGAGAAGCAUUGGGGCUUAUUUCUUGACACCUACAACUUGCAUGAUCAUGCAUGGCUGCAAAGUCUAUACAGUGAGAGGAUGCAUUGGGUACCGGUGUAUUUAAAAGAUGCAUUUUGGACAGGGAUGAGCACCACACAACGUAGUGAAAGCAUGAAUGCCUUUUUUGAUGGUUUUGUUCAUUCAAGCACUACACUUAAAGAGUUUGUCGAUCAAUUUGAUAAUGCCUUGAGGAAGAAGGUUGAGAACGAGAAUGCAGCAGACUUCCACUAUUUUAAUUGCACAAUUCCAUGCAUAUCUCCUUUACCAUUUGAGAGGAUAUUUCAACAUUUGUACACAAUUGCCAAGUUUAAGGAAGUGCAAAAGGAAAUAAUGGGAAUGAUUUGUUGCAAUGCUCAUCUUUACAAAAACAAAGGUGCAAUUUCAACGUAUCAUGUGGAUGACAAAAUUAAUACUGAUGACUUUGUCAAAUUAGUUGCAUUUUCAAUUUACUUUAAUAAAGAUGAGUUGGAGGUGAAGUGUAGUUGUUGA